CCUUGAGACAAUCGAACGUUAUCAGUGUACUUUAACCCGCAGUUUCUCGAAAAGUAGUGGUUUUUUAUGUUUUCAUCACUGUUUUUUAUUGUGUUAAAGAAAACUUGUUAACUGCAUCCAAUGUUGACCAUCGUAAAAACAUCGCUUCGUUCAGCAACCGGUGUGGGCCGAACGCAAUUUCUGCGUUAUUGUUCUACUGGCCCCAAUACGACAUCCGAUCAAGCUGCUCCGACAGAAAAGACCAGCGAAAAUGAACCACCGAUUUUGGUGGAAAAGAUCGAUAGCAUUACGAUGAUUGGUCUGAACAAACCAAACAUCCGCAAUGCCAUCAACGCUGAAAUGGGUCAACAGUUAACCGCGGCUAUCGAUGCUUUCGAAAAGGACGAAUCGGCAGCCGUUGGCAUUUUACAUGGCGUGGGAGGUUCUUUUUGUUCGGGUUACGAUCUAUCUGAGCUGGCAAAUCCCGAUGUUAAACCACAAUCUGUGAUUCUACAACGGGGCGGUGUCAUGGGUCCUACUCGUCGUAAUUUCAAGAAACCAAUGGUUUGUGCCAUCUCCGGGUAUUGCGUAGGAGGUGGUUUAGAACUUGCAUUGAUGUGCGAUCUGCGAGUAAUGGAGGAGUUGGCCCUGCUUGGUUUUUACAAUCGUCGCUUCGGGGUUCCCCUGGUGGAUGGUGGAUCGGUCCGUCUACCGACAUUGAUCGGUGUCUCACGGGCUAUGGAUCUCAUCCUCACGGGGCGAACGGUAAAGGCCAAAGAAGCAUUGGAAAUUGGUCUCGUUAAUCGGAUUGUUGCUGUCGGAACGGGACUGGGGCAGGCGUUCAAUCUGGCCUCAAGCAUUGCUAAAUAUCCACAAGCUUGCUUGAAUCACGAUCGAAACUCGAUGUAUUACGCAAUGUUUCAGGCUAAGUCUUUGGAAGAUGCGAUGGACUUCGAAGUGCUGUCGGCCGGAGAGGAAGUCCUCAAGCAAGCCGCUCAAGGUGCCGAGCGGUUCCUUCAGGGCGUAGGCAAGCAUGGAAAGUUUACUGAAAUUAAAGAAAGACUCAUUCCAGAGUGGGAGAAGGAAGAAAUUGCCCAUGAAGUAGCUGCGAAGGGCAAAGCGAAAAAAUAAUUGAUAGGUUGGUAUAAAAUGAUAGACUGGAGGAAAUUUGUGUAUUAUGUUUGAAAUUGUUGAAUAAAUAUAUUUUACUGU